AUGGAUUAUUUUUUUAAUAAUCUAUUUGAUAAAAAAGAUAUACAAGAUACAUUUGUAAAUUUAUUGCACGAGAAAAUAAAAGAAUAUAUUCAAUCAGGCAUUCUUUCAAAUUGUACAACAUAUUAUAAAUAUGAAAUAGAAAAAUGUCCAAAAGAACAAAUUAAAAUAAACACAAAAUUAAUUAAUGAUUUUAAUGAAAAGUUUCUUUUAGAUAUAUUAAAAAUUAAUAAUAAUUUAAAAAUAUAUUACGACAUAAAGUACAACGUUAUUUACAGCCUCCUAUUACAACAAUAUAAUAAAAAUAAAGUUAUAUUUAAUAAUAGUGGACAUAAUAUUAUAAAGAAUUUAUAUAAAAUUAAAAAAAAAUGUACCUCCUAUUUUAUAAACGAAUUUCUUAUAAUCAAAUGUAUACAUAACACACAAUUUGGUAACAUUUAUUAUUGUAAAAAUGUUUUUAACAACAAAAAAUAUUGUAUGAAACUUUUUUAUUUAAUCCCAUGUUUAAAAAACAACUGUCCAUAUUACAUAAAUGAUCAAGUAUUUAUGACCAAUUAUUUUCAUAAAAUUUUAAAUGAAAUUUUCUUUUUAAUUUACUUGAAAAAUAAAAAUAUUAUUCUUAUUGAAAAAAUAUUUUGGGAUAAUGAAAAAAAAAUCAUAUGUAUAUUCUUGCAAUAUAUUAAAUAUCAGUCCAUGUAUUUUAAAAAAAAAAUUGGAAUUUAUUCUAUAUAUAAAAAAAACAAAAAAAAAGGUAUUAUAUUAGAAAAAAAUAACAAAAAUGAUUCUGUGCAAAUACAAUUAUAUUCUGAAAAAUUUCUCAAAUAUUUGUUUUUACAAAUAUAUAAAACAUUAAUUUCUCUACUAAAAAAAAAUGUGGCUUACCAUGAUUUAAAACCUGAUAAUAUACUUUUAAACAAAAGAAAUCUUCAUGAAAUUAUUACCUGCUCUGUUCAGGUAAAAAAUAAAAAAAAAAUUAAAAAUAUAAAAAAGAAAAACCUUAAAAAAAACAGCAAAAUUGAAAUUGUUAAUGUUGAAUAUAAUAUUCAAAAAGAAGUAACAAAUAUAUCCAAAAAGAGAAAUAGAAAUGAAAACAAUAAUGACUUAACUAAUUUAUACAAGAAAAAUAUUUUUGGAAUAAGGGAAAAAGAAAGAGAUAAAAAAAAUGUACAAAAGAUAAAGAAAAAAAAAAAUCCAAAUGUUCACUUUUCUCCUUAUCAUAAAUUUGAUUUAGACAGUAUGAAAAAAAAUAAAAUAAAAUAUAUUUAUAAUGUCAAAUUAAACAAAUGUCUUGAAUAUGAUGAAAAGGUAAAGGAAAUAUUCUUUAUGAAAAAUAAUUUACGUGAAAUAUUUUUAUUUUCAUCAUACAAUACCACUGUACAUAUUCAAAUGUUUGUUAAAAAAAAGAACAAUAUAUCCAAUCCAAAUUUACAUCAAAAUAAUUUGGUUGAACAAAAGAAUAAUUCUAAUAAUAAUAAAAGAAAUCAGAUGGAACAUAUGUAUAAUAUUCAAAGCGAAUAUAUAAGUACACAUAAUAUGAAUAAUAAUUACCAAAUAAACAAAAUAAGAAAUAUGUCUAUUUUUAAAUGUACACCAAAAAAGUAUAUCAGCUUUUUAAAAUUUUAUUGGAUAUACUUUAAUAAAGAAGAUUUGAAAAAACAAAAUGUAGAUUCUUUUCUAAUAUAUUUAGAUUUAUAUUUUAUAAACAAAUAUUUCAAUAAAAAAUUUAAUUCUAAUAAUAUAUUAGGUUUAAAACCAUAUGAAAAACAACGAAUAAAAAAUAAAAUAGAACAUGAUAUAAAUAAAAAAUUACAUAAGAAUGAUACUGUAAAGAAUAACGCUAUCAAUAAUAAUAAUGAUGAUAAUGAUGAUGAUAGAUUUAAUGAAAAUAAUGAUUUUUUUAAAUUAAUCGAUUUUGACACAUGUUCUUUUAUCUCUCAAAAUUGUAAUCAUCCAGGUACUUAUAUUUUUAGUCCCUAUGAAGCUUUAUUUAAUGUUACAAAUAAGGACAUAGAUUAUUAUAAAAAGUUAUCAUAUAAUUUUGGAUCAGUUUUGUAUACAUUUGUUUAUGGAAAGCCCCCAUAUUAUGGUAAGGAUAUAUUUGAAAUUUUUCAAAAUAUGCAAAAGAAGCUAACAUUUCCAAAAUACCGUAAAAUAAAUAAGGACUUAAGAAAUUUACUCAGAAAGCUAUUAAAGAAAAACCAAGAUGAAAGAAUGCAAUUCAAAAAAAUUAAAAGACAUAAAUGGUUUUUAAAUAAUAAUUGA